GCUAUUUAGAUGCAUAUUUUUGAAUCAGAAACGGUUACGCGCUCGCGUGUGAGGAGGUCUGCAGAGUCAAACAUUCCUUUUUAAAAUACAAAUAAACAAGCGGAAAGCCUCGUAUUGGGGUUCUAGGAUGAGGAAGAGUGAGGUGAUUGCUGCAGAAUCAGUGGCAUGUCUGAAUAAAGCUCUCUGCCAUCUGAAGGAUAUAUGGGAGGAAAUUGGCAUCCCCGAGGAUCAGCGUUUAGAAAGAACAAAUGUGGUUAAGAAUCAUAUCAAAGGUCUUCUGGACAUGAUGAUUGCAGAGGAAGAGAGUCUGCGUAAACGUCUGAUGACCAGUAUUGACAUGUGUCACAAAGAGCUGAGUAAAUUGUGCUCGGAACUGCAGCUUCCCCCAUUUCAGGAGGAUAGGAGUAGCACUGUGCUCCAACAGGAAAAAGACCUCCGGACCCGUGUUGAAGUGAUGUUAAAAGAGAAAAAUCAGAGAAUGCAGGCACUCAAAGCCUUAACCGAACAGGAUCAGGAUCUCUGUGACCUUCUCUGCUCACAGCCGUUUUCUAUCUCUGACAGUGCAGUUCCUUCUCUGGAACAGCUGGAGAAUUUCCGUCAGCACAUCUCCUGUCUCACUGCUGAGAAAGUGCAAAGACAUAAGGAAUUUAUCACAUUGAAGAAGAAGAUAAUACUUUGCAUGGAUGAUCUGGAUCAGUUGCCUGAAACAAGUUUUGAAAAGGAUGUUGUAUGUGAAGAUGAGGAGAGUUUUUGCCUGUCUAAAGAAAACAUCGAUUCACUCAAAGUCCUUCUUCAUCAGUUGGAGAGCAGAAAGGCUGAGAAUGAACUUGUCUGUGGCUCUUAUCGGGAGAAGAUCCAGGAACUGUGGGAAAGGCUGCAGAUUCCACAGGAAGAGCGUGAUGCAUUUUCUGAACACAUGACCCUGUCAAAGAAAACGAAUAUGGAAGCUUUACUAGCAGAGGUUCAACGUCUUGAAGAACUGAAGCUCAAAAAUAUGCAAAAUGUUACUGAGGCCAUUCGAAAGGAGAUUGCUGUGCUCUGGGAUAAGUGCUUUUAUAGUGCUGACCAGCGGCAAGCGUUUGUGCCUUAUUAUGUUGAUGAUUUUAGUGAGGAACUCCUGAGCUUACAUGAUGAAGAAAAUGUGCGAUUAAAACAGUAUUACGAGGAUCAUAAAGAACUCUUUGAAGGUGUUCACAAAUGGGAUGAGAACUGGAGACUUUUCUUAGAGCUUGAAGAAAAGGCCAAAGAUCCAUCCAGAUUCACCAACAGAGGAGGAAACCUUCUAAAGGAGGAGAAACAACGGGCAGAUCUGGUCAAAGGUCUCCCCAAGCUUGAGAAGAAACUGAAGGCUGAGAUUGAACAGUGGGAACAUGAGCAGAACAGAGAGUUCCUGGUGAAUGGUCAGAAGUUCAUGCAGUUUGUUACUGAUCAAUGGGAAUCGUACCGGCAGGAGAAGGAGCGGGAGAAGCAGGAGCGGCAACUAAAGAAGAGUAAGCAGACAGAGGAAGACAUGGUCUAUGGCACUGUGGUCCGGUCACCAACUAAACGAAGAUUUCUGGGCAGCACAACACCUUGCAAAGCUCGAAAGUUAAAUGCAACCUCCAGUACUGGCACUUCUAACAGCACGAUCCGAUCUGUCUUUGGUGGUACCGUCUGUAAUUCUCCUAUAUCACGCCCUCCGAUAUCUGGUAGCAAGCAGGGUAAUGUGGUGAGGACUCCAGGCAAAAGCAAACCUCCUCAUCAAGGUUUGCUAGAACGCAAUAAGGAAAAUUUCUGUCAUCUACCUGGCGGUGGGGCUGGGCUGAUGAAGGUGCCAUCUAGUCCACAGCGUAACUUCAGCAUUAACUCCGUUGCAAGCACCUAUUCAGAAUUUCAGCGAGACCUCUCCAAGUCAUCUAAAUCAAAACACGUGCCUGAAAUCCUGAACUCAACCAUCAUUCAACUUUAACUCUACUGCAUGUAACACUUUGUGCUUUUAGGACUGGGAUCUUUACAUGAUGCUUGUGGGUUCUUGUUAUGUUUAGCUAUAGCUAUGCAUUUUAUAUGUAAAUGAAGGUAAUAUAUAUUUAAAAGUUUUUGAGGGAUUCUACAUGCAUGUUCACUUUAACACUAGAACAAGCCCUGCUUUAUUUGUACUUGUACUUUUAACAAAUGAAUGUACAUUUUAAUGUUACAACUGGUCCGCUGUCUCAAACCAAUUAAGACAAAAAAUGACAUACUUUAUAGUUCUUUUUCAGUAUUAGCUACUUUUUCAAAAUCACAGUUUUUAUGCUUUUGAAUGUUUUGCACAAUGUAAAAAAAUUCUUUAUUGCAUUUUUUAUAGUAUUGCACAAUUUACUACAUAAAGAUUCUUAUUUGAAUA